UUGUUCCCGGACUUCAAUUAAUCUCUAGGCUAGUGACGCCGGUCGCGACAGCAGUUAAACUGAUACUGAAUGUAGUUUAUAAUUUGAGAUACUAACUUUAGUUUACAUUUGUAUUAAUGUUUAGUUUGACAAUCAAUUAAUUAAUUGAACAGUCAACAUGCCGAAAUAUUACUGUGAUUACUGUGACACAUACUUAACACACGACUCUCCAAGUGUAAGAAAAACUCACUGUCAAGGACGUAAACACAAAGAUAAUGUCAAAUAUUUUUAUCAAAAAUGGAUGGAAGAGCAAGCACAACACUUGAUUGAUGCAACAACGGCUGCUUUUAAAGCUGGAAAAAUUGCAUCAAAUCCAUUUGCUCCAAAUAAGGGUGCUGCAAUACCACCUCCACCAAAUAUAGGUGUUCCUUCACGACCUGGUGUACCACCACCAAACCAACCACCAGGAAUGAUGCCACCUCCAGGAAUGCAUCCUGGUGGUCCAAUGGGACCUGGAGGACCUAUGAUGAUGGGUCCACAUGGACCUAUGCCACCAAUGAUGGGUGUACGUCCUCCAAUGAUGGGUCCAAUGGGACCUAUGGGUCCUAUGUUAGGACCAAUGGGUCCAAUGGGUCCUGUACGACCUCCAGGUCCACCUCCUCAAGGACCACAAUCAACCAAGAAAUAAAUAGCAAGAUUCUCUUAGCUUGAUACCAUUUUGAAUUUAAGUGUAAAUAAAUAAAUUCUUUUAUUGUGUGUGAUGGAGAUAUAGAUGAAUAAAAAAGCUUUCUAUGUAUAAGU